AUGGUCUUGUUACUCCUGCCUCUUCUUCUCAAUUUGCUGUCCCUUGCAGUGUCCGCUUCUGUCGUGAAGGUUCACAGGAUGUGCCAUGUUGUCCCUGUUGGGAAAGGCGGAGAUGACGGUCCCAGUAUCCUGUCUGCUUUCAACCAGUGUGGUCAGAACGGCAAGAUCGUUCUGGACCAGUACUACAGUGUCAACACGGUGUUAAACACGACGGGGCUGAACAAUGUCCACAUCGAGUUGAGCGGUGUUCUCCAGGAUACUCCGGACAUCGCGUACUGGAGCCCGAACUCCAUUUUCCUCACCUACCAGAACGCGGAACAACAUUACUCUUGGACAACGCUAUUACUGAUCAUUUCUUCGUCGCUUAUGCUCCGUUUUCCCCAGUAUGGCGGAGGAACAAUCGACGGCAAUGGCCAAGUCUGGUAUGACGGGCUUACUACCGGUGGUUCAACCGGAGUAGCGGGUGGAUCUUCCACAACUUUCGCUCGCCCAGUUCCUUUGACUGUAUUCAAUUCCAAGAAUGUGCUCAUCACGAAUAUCACGUACCUCAAUUCGCCAUUCUGGAAUAAUUUCGUCUACCAGUCUCAGUAUGUGGAAUACUCAUGGAUCACCAUGUCGAGCCAUUCAUACUCUAAGAACUUCGCCUCCAAUACUGACGGAUGGGACAUCUAUCGCUCUGAUCAUAUCACUAUUCAUGACUGUGAGAUCAAUAACGGUGAUGACUGCGUCUCUUUCAAACCAAAUACUACCAAUGCAUGGGUAUACAACAUGGUCUGCAACGGCAGUCAUGGUAUUUCGGUCGGCUCUUUGGGACAGUACGCUGGUGAAACCGAUAUUGUUGCAAAUGUCCUUGUAAACAAUAUCACCAUGUUAAACGCACAGAACGGAGCUCGUAUUAAAGUUUUCGGGGGAAAUCCCAGCCCAAACAGCAUGGCAGGGGGUGGCACUGGUUAUGUCAAGAACAUCACCUAUUCUAACUUCUAUGUGAACAACACCGACUUUCCUAUCACUACUAACCAAUGUUACUCGACACCGGCGGCAACUUGCGAGGCUUACCCAUCCAAGCUCACGAUUUCAGAUGUGCACUACAUCAACGUGACGGGUAUGUCCAGUGGUGCGGAAAACGCGACUGUGGUUACACUUGAAUGCUCCGAGCCUUGUACGGACUUCACAGCCACUGGAACUCAUCUCGUCCCGCCGGCCAAGUUCGGAUCCCCAGUCUAUCUUUGUGCGAACAUCACAAACACUGGUGCUCUCGACUUCUCUUGCACUGCUCCUUGA